GUUGUUUGUGCUUUGAUUCUUGGUGGUUUUUACUUCCGGUUCUCAACUCUCAACGGUCGAAGCAAAGAUUCUUCUCGAAGAUUCGAUUGAUCGCUUUGGUGACAGGAACAUCAGAUAGAUGACGUAAGCCGUUCGAAGCUUCAAUCGCACAGUUCCUCUGGACUUCGGAAAGAUUGGACUUUUGGUUUCUCCAUGAGCUUCUUUUUGGUUCAGCUGUACCAUACUAGCUAGUACUACAUGUAGCGACAUGUAGCAAUUUUAAAACAUUAUGUCCAUUGCAUGUCCAUGCAAUCCUGUGUGCAGAGAUAGACUACGCUGUAGGGUGCCGCGCGAGUUCUGGCGAGAAAACCUGGCAAGUUGGGCAAUCGCGCAAAACCCUGUGGUAGAAAUCGCGGGAAAGAUCAACCGUCAAGAGUCAAGAGUGCUCUUUCCUGCUUAUUUGCACUCUCGCAGAGUUGGCGACUUUUUCACGACGACUGAUUCUUGCUACUACUGCAAGCUGUGUUCAGCCCUGGAGUGGUUUUCCUGGAGAUCUUGUGCUAAAUGAAUCAAUCAACGAUAAGGCAUAGCCACUCCUAGCUAGGAUACUAGACUAGACUACACGAACAUCCAAGCACGGUUCUGAAGAAACAUUGGAUUCGAUUCAUUCGAGAUCUCCGAGAAACGACAGUCAUUACCUGGGAUUCUCUCCCACGCCUCAAGUUUAUAAGAUAGCAACAACGCGAAAUAAGUUUAUCAACUCUCUCUGGUCUCUGCUGUUUUUGCUGUUGGCUCUCACUGCCAUUGCCAGUGCAGCUGAAGAAAGCGACUUUGUGGGUCUGACUCUUCCCGAUGUUUCUUCUGUGACCAGCAUUCGCAUUGCACGAUCCUGUCCAGGAGGAUCAUCCUUUGACUAUCCCAAGACCAUGUUCACCAUUCGACCUGGUGCUGCAAUUGAAGUCAAGACGUACCCUACCAAUCUUGUGACAGCCAGCGUGGAAAAUGAAUUCUUGACAUUCACCUACCAAGAUGUAGGACCCAACACCCAAGAGGGAGGUGUACUCAUCACUUUCCCGGCCGACUUGCUCUGGGAUGUACGGGCGGAAUCCGAGCAAGUCGUCCAAGUUCUCCCCGGAUUUAACAACAUCUUUGCCUUCUUUGCAUCCACCAGUGCCUCACUCACGGUCGAUGGGAGUACACUUCUGGGUGAAGAAAAUCUCCUGGUCGAUGUUGGUACAGAGGCCAACAUGCAAUUCCACUCUGGUCGACCCAUUACCGAAUUGGAUGUCAGUACAUCUGCCAAAUUCUACUACCAGGGAGACUUGACCGGUAGUAGUGCCUGCAGUGUCAGUACUUCCGGCAAUUUGGAAAUGAAAGGAAAUUUGGUAGGACCCGCCACCUGCGACAUUAGUACCAGCUCCCAUGCUACCAUUGAGGGCGAUCUCUUAGUGGGUACAAUGACCAAUGUGGGAACCUCGGGGAGUCUCACAGUCAUGGGAUCCAUAUUGGGCACAGUUGACGCCAGCAUUGGGGCGACUGUGACCGCCGCCAGUUGUGCCAAUGUCGCACUCUCCUUCGAUGGUACCUGCAGCGACAAAAAUGUGGUAGACAAAACAGUGACAGUCAAGGUGGAUACACAGCCAUUGACAUUGAUGGGCACCGAAACAUGUUGCCAAGUCAAUGAAGUAUGCGUAACCAGUUCAUCCACAUCCAGUUCAUCCACAACCACCACAUCCAGUUCAUCCACAACCACAAUCACCACAUCCGGUGGAGUCACAACCACCACAUCCACAUCCAGUGGAUCCACCUCAGGUGGAAUCCUGACGUUUCCACGUUCCUACAAUCUCUUAUUGCUGCCAUCUGUGGCGGUUUCCAUGCUGAUGUUUGGGAUGUGGUAAGACAGCCGCAGACUCGUAUAUGUUCCAAGCAAAAACAGGAAGGAAAGCAAAUGCUGGCAGGACCUCUGUAUAGCAACCUACUGUAAAAUCUGUGCAAUUCGAGGAAAGGAAGAAAGAACAACACUCUUCGCACACAGUGACAAUUGACUAACU